UUUGGCCAAAACAAAAUUUCGAACAAAAUCAAUAAAACGGAAACGUGAGAGAGCGCUGCGCAAAAGAGAAAAGCGAACGCAAUCGCAAUCGACCAACGCAUAGAAGAAAACAAGUCAUGCCGCAUAACAACCAGCAAUCGUCCGGGGACGAUCAAUUGGGACCGCCAAAGGCGGACUUCAGUGCUCCACCGCCGUACGAGGCGAACGUGGGCCAUGGUCAGCAGGUGGCACUGCCGGCUCAGAUGUCAGCGCUGACCCUGGCCUCCACCGAUCCUGGCCAGAUGCAGAUCCCAAUGCAGAUGCAGGUGCAACUGCCGGGCCAGGCUGACCUAAUGAAUGCACAACUGCCGCCUGAGAUACACGGGAAGCUGCCCACCUACGAGGAGGUUCAAAUGGAAAAGUCCCUGAACGGAGAGCUGCCGCCCGCCUUUUUGACUUUGCCCUCCUCGCAGCAGCUUCCCCCGCCGCCGAAUCCGCUGCUGCCGCCCAAUCCGCUGCGCGAUGGUGCCGCUGCUGUGCGAUCCGCACAACCGGCACUCACUUUUAUCGCCAUCGAUGCCAGCGAUCCGGAAAACAGCCUGUCGACCACGGACAACUUGCUCGGGACGGACAUAAUGUUCAUCACGGCAUUCAUUGUGGCAUUUCUGUUCAACUGGAUCGGCUUCCUGAUGCUCACGUGCUUCUGUCACACGAUUGCCGCCCGAUACGGAGCCCUGUCGGGAUUCGGACUGUCUCUGGCCAAAUGGACGCUGAUUGUAAAGCACUCGACGGACCUGGCCUCGCACGAGAAUUCCUGGCUCUGGUGGCUGAUUUGCGCCUUCGGCUUUCUGAUCAGCAUACGCGCCUUAAUUCAGUAUGUGAGCAUCAAGCGAUCGUGGCGCCUGCUCUCUGCCUCCGCCCAAGAACGGCUGCUAUUCUUCUACUAGGUGCGCCGGGUGGCUUUCAAGUGGCUGCCAUGUAAAUAUGUUGUGGGUGGCUAGGAAGCUCGAAUCUUACCUGUUCCCAAAACCCUCAAUUCCCUUAGAACCGGCACACAAAAACCAAACAAAAUCAAGGCGAACUUAUUUCGGAGAGUUUGCGAAAUCACUAAAAGUUUGAAAGUAUGCCAUUAAAUGUAUUAGUCCUGUCCUACUUCUAUCAAAACCGAAGUAAUAAGAAUGUACAAAUUUACCUUUAUACACAAACCGUUUAAUUUUAGGGCGAAAUCCCUAUGCUUUAAUGCCAGAGACCUUAAUAUGAUUGCUGGCAAUUUAGAAACUGUAUUACACUAGACUUUUCCGUUUUCUUUUAGAAACAAAAUGUACUGUAUAUUUUUGGACACCUAAAGCUAGUUGUAAACGAUGCAGCGCCCUUACAGUAUCAAAAUCAAGUAGAUAUUUUAAAAUAGGAUGUCACACCGUUUACAAAAACCUCAAGGACUUGUUGAAAACUUUCUAGCGAUUUCGUGAACACCUCGAGUUGUGGGUUAGUGUUUUCUCUAGUUUCUAUGUUAAAUAGCGCAACUUAGUCCACGGACCCGGCAACUGUAGCAUAAUGACGUUACCUAUGUGUGUUGAAUGGUGAAAGGCGGAUGCUUUCUCGCCUGCACCCCCCAAUCGAUUAUAUUUGUAAAUGUAUGUGAAAUGUGUAUGGAUAUAUCACCCUUUAUUGAUCCCUUCCACACCUCUAAAAACCCCCCUUAGGCCAUUUAGUGGCGCCCAUGCACUUCAAACAAAGACACAAAACAAACCAAAAAAAA